AUGCGGCUUGACUACUACUCCCAAUGCCAACCCGGUGCUGCACCCGCACCUGCGCCCACGUCUACGCCUGAACCCUCCACUAUGUCCACCAUACCAGUACCAACAUCUACAACAGCCUCACCAAGUGCACCAACCACCACCAGCACCCCCGCAGGCACCGGACCAGGCAAGACACUCCAAAGCGGCUACUACUGGAUCCGCGGAGUCGCAGCCCCCAACUUCCACAAAUACUUCCAAACGAACCCUGUCUACUCGACUGGCCCCGCCCUCCUCGGCGACUACACAACAGCAGGCCAGUUCCAAGUCGUCAGCGGCCAGCUAGUACAACUAGUCUCCGCACCCGGCGAGCCUGUCAAGCUUCUUUACGCCGUAGUGUCUGAGGAGCGCUCCAUCAACGGCAUGUCGCUCGCUGUCAGUUUCUCGGAGAGCAAGAACACGUACGGUACGUUUGCGUGGGGUGGCGAUGAUCUGCAGUGGAGUGUUGCGGGCGUUAAUCGGCCGAAUAAGAGUGCGUGGUAUGUGUGCACUGGGCAGAAGUUGUAUAUCAAUUUGGGGAAUUACUUGUAUCAGACGCCGAGUGGGUGCGCGGAUCAGACUGUGCAUUAUUAUAACGAUAAGACGGCGAACAACUAG